AUGGUUGGCCCAUGGACUUAUGAAGACACGGGGAAGUACUAUCGCGAGGCCGUCAAGCGUCGGCCCAGUUUUAGCGGUAGACGGGAUAUGUUACAGUUCACCGACCGGCUGCCGUCCACGGACGACUGGACAUUACCGGUGCUCUUACAGUUGAACUGCACGUUGCGCGUGCUGUAUAAUGGGCCGUUCAACUGGGACGCUUUCAAGAAGAUCGUCAUGCAACAUAUCCUCACAGACGAUGUUCUUGAUGCGCUCAAAGCGCUGCCCGAGGACGAGCAGAUUCCGCACCUCGUGCAGCUAGUCCUUGACUGGGCUUGCUGGGACGCACCAAAGGAGGGCGCCUGGCCGCGGGAUCUCAGCAUGCGGCGUUACUUUGUCAAAUGGCGCAGGUGCGAGCCGUUCCACUUCGAGGCGGACACGCACACCGACGAGGACAUGGAGCGGGCGGCGGACCUUUUCCUCGACAUUUGGAUGGCAAACGAUCGACUGCACGCGGCAACCCCGGUACAAUUCGGCGAGGAGAAGGACUUCCCCGGCUUCACCGUGUACCGAGUGAGGGAUGAGGCUGUCACUGACGCGGAGCGGCUUGCAGCAGCGCAAUCGAAGGAGCUGUACCUGAACCUGCAAGCGCGAGGUUGGGCGCCUGAAAGGAUGGAUGAACCACUCCAAGUUGGAGCGUCGGUUGCGCGGCCUGCAAAACUGCCUCCGCCCGCGGGCGACAUCGUGGUGAGUUUCUCUUGA